AGAACAUGGAGAAGGAGCUGGAACAGUUCUUGGGAGAUUGCCGGAGGCAGCAGUUUAGUGCCAAGGAAAUGCACACCAUAUGCCAACCUCUGAUCUGGCAGAUACGACGAGCCAAAGCGCAGCGAUGGCUGCUCCUGUUGCUGCCUAUGUUGCUGGUUUAUCUGCUUUGGAUGUACUGCGAUGCCUUUGCCUGGUGGCUGAGCGCUUUCGGCAGGCUGCUGCUUGUCCAGCUGCUGCCCUACUGGGACUGGACACCACACUACCAAGGAAAGUGCCUCAUACCGCGUGGCGAGCAGCGUGUGGCGGAGCAGGGUCCAGCUCUGGGCAGGCAUGAGACUCUGUGGGAGAACUGCGUACUCUGCGAGUCGCUGGAGGGCAUAGCCACCACAUCCAAUGUCAGCUACUCCAUGCUGGAGUCGAAGUUCCUGGAGCGCGGCCUGCCCGUCAUUGUCACCGAUGUCGAUCUGGAAACGGAUCUGGACAGCCUGCUGUGGCUCAUAAAUGAAUCAGCGCCAGAGCUGAUCUCCAGCGAGCCCUGCGACGUGUCCAGCAAUCUUCUGCUGAGAAAGCUCUUUAGCGUGGAUGCGGCUCUGCAGAAGAUUCGCUCACUCCAGGCCCAACCAUCGACUCGCUGGCAUCUGCAGUUGCGCAACUGCCAGCGGAGGGCGGUGAAGGCCUCGAGGCUCUAUUUCAAGCGGCCCUACUUCUAUCCCCUGCACCUGGAGCCGUACUACUCCAGCUGGCUGCUGAUAUCCCACCAGCAGCAGCGACCGCAGGCGGAGAUCGAUGUGCGUGGCUUGAUCUUUGUGCAGCAGCUAAGCGGACACUUUGAGCUGGAGCUGCGGCCCAAAAAUCCGUGCAACGAUGGCCUGUGUCCCAGUCUAAGGAUGCGCCUCAACGCAGGCGAGGCUUUGGUCUUCUCCACCGACUUGUGGCUGCUCAGCUAUGGCCUGCAAAAGCCCAACCCAAAGCAGAGUUCCAUUGCCAGCAUUUUCGAGGUUGAUUGGCAGUUGUAGAUCGAAGUUGUAUUCAACUGUUGAAUAUCUGGAAUAUAGUUUGCCGAAAUUGUA